AUGCUUAGAAAUGCUUGGAGUAAACAUCAGAUCAACAGAUCUGUAUCACUUGGUCAAAAGAUAGCCAAUCAGAACACUAAAACCGAGUUACCACAUGUCACAUCCGUGACAACUCACCUGUCAUCCUCGACCUUCAGAAACAUCAUGGCCACUCGACCACAAAACCAAGCGUCCUUGUAUGUUCCCGAAAAAGUUGAUGAUGGAAGAAUCGGCUGUAAAUUAUUGGGAG